UAUCACAAGAAUUUGUUGCCAAGGAAAGUCAGUUGCUUUUCUCAUAAUGAAAACAGAAAUUUUUCUAUACUCAAUAUCGAAGUCAUAAAUUAGUUUGUCAUAACAAAUUCGAGUUUCCAUAAUCAGACCACAUGAAUCGCACAGAACUCGAUUAUUAUGCAAUAUUAAACGUCCCUCGGGAUGUGCCCAAGGAGAAUAUAACGCUGGCGUAUCGCACAUUGGCCAUACAACUUUGUCCACAUCGCGAUCCAAAGUAUGAACGCGACUUUGUCCCUCUGUUGGGACCAACACAUAUGGAGCCUUUGUCAAAGAACCGCCAGUGGGAAUAUAUUAACAUGGCCUAUGAUGUUUUAGGAAACGAUUUGUAUCGGGCCAUCUACGACCGCUUCGGUGAGGCUGGACUCUUUCAGGGCAUUCAAUUACCUAACGGUUACUUUCCGCCUUAUCAGUAUCAUGGCGAUCAUAUGAAAGUAUAUCAUGAGGUUUUUGGCAGUUACUCGCCUUACGCAAAUAUCAUCGACGUCGUUACUAAUCCACCUUUACUCUAUUCCACAUUGGAGCAUGGCAUUGGUGUACGAAAAAAGGAUCCACCUGUGGAAAAAAUAAUUUAUUUAGAGUUAGAAGAAGUAUUCAAAGGCUGUACGAAGUUGAUGCACGUCUGGAGACAAGAGUUUAUUGACACGAAGGAAACACGCACAGAGAAAAGAAAAAAAACACUUAAGCUCAAGAUAAUGCCGGGUACCACCCAAGGCACACGAUUUUGCUUCAAGGAGGAAGGUGAUCGCAGCCCAACUAAAAUUCCAGCUGAUAUUAUAUUUAUAACAGCUGAUAAGCCGCAUCCUAUAUUCGAACGUAGUCAUCAUCAUGACCUAGUCUAUACCCAUCAUAUAACUUUAAAGGAUGCACUUGUUGGUUUCAGUUUCACAAUUAGAACAUUAGAUAAGCGUGCUCUGAAAAUAAACGUGUCCGAUGUGGUGUUCCCAGGCUAUAAGAAGACUAUGCAAAAGGAGGGACUUCCGGUGUGUGAAAAUCUACCAAUUGCUCCUGAUAUGAGGCCCGCAGGGUUGAAGAAAAAGAAAUUUGGAGAUCUGAUUAUCAAAUUUGAAGUUGAAUAUCCGAAAACUAUGACAAAUAAAAUGCGGAAUUUAACUAAGGAUUUCUUUUAUGAAUUAGAAGGAAUGGAAGAAGAAGCUGGAGAUGCUCCACACCCCAUUCACACCCUUAUGCACAAGAAACGAGGUAAACGUUAAGCAGCUGAGAGUAACCACCCAUUAAAAAGGAACCACUUCCUCCUGAAUAACUUUUUCGAAAUUGUAAUUUUUUACAUUUAAAUGAAAGAAAUAGUAAAAAAAAUGUUGUAGAAAUAUCCAUAAUUUGAAAUGUGAAAUUUUGUGUGUAUUUUAAGUAUUAUACGAUGUUCGCUUGAAAUCUGAAUUUAUAAAGGGUGAUUUUUUAAGAGC